UCCCUGUGUCGUUGCCUGACACUCGUCCUUCGCUCAUUUCUUCAACAUGUAAAACGAUGUGGAGGAGCACCCGCGUCCCCUACCGCCAUGUAUCCCCGAGGGAAUAUUCUCGAAUAUGCCCUCCGCCGCCCGCGGGCGGCGAGCCGCUCAUCCGGGUGUCAAACCACGUGGCUAAAUUGGGCCCGCCGAAGGAAGGCCCGAAGCCGAGGCAACUCCUGUCUUUGCCGCCUUUUCCCGGCCACCCUUUGCCGGGGAAGAGGUCACACGAAGACGGCGCCGUUUCGCGCGUCACCGCCGUCAGCUGGGUUAAGUAUUACUUCGACGAGAUUCGUGACUCUGCCAUUCAGUCCCACUUCAACAAAGGCCUUGUUCAGAUGGAAUGCCCAAAUUUGAUUGAAAAGGAAGGGCGAGUGAAACCCAUGAGACAGAUUAGGCCUAGUGAUGUAGUGGAUGUUGGGGCAAGAGUGUUUGUGCCGGUUUCGGUUGCCGAGAGUAGGGUUUCGAGGAGAUUCGACUGCAUUCCAAGCGGAACAUUAAACCCGAAUGCUGAUGAGAUUAAAUACUUGCAGAGGCUUGUCAAGUACAAGGACUCUGCUAUCAUCGUGCUGAACAAGCCCCCGAAAUUGCCGGUCAAGGGUAAUCUGCCUGUACAUAACGGCAUGGAUGCAUUGGCAGCGGCAGCGUUAUCUUAUGAUUGUAAAGAAGGUCCUAAGUUGGUUCAUCGGCUUGACACAGAGAGCAGUGGCCUCCACUUAAUGGGGAGAACAAGAGAGAGUGUUUCUCUUCUGCAAUGGUUAUACACUGACAUCAAUAAGGGAAAAUCGUCAUGCAAGGCAUGGAACAAUGCAUGCGAUGCAAAAUAUCAGAGUUAUUGGGCAUUGGUCAUUGGCUCUCCGAAGGAGAAGGAAGGCUUGAUCUGUGCUCCUCUUACAAAGGUUGUUCUUGACGAUGGGAAGACAGAGAGGGUCAUCUUGGCUCAUCAAUCAGAUUUCCAAACUUCCCAACAGGCUAUAACUCAAUACCGGGUACUUGGUCCUACAAUAAAUGGAUGCUCAUGGAUUGAGUUACGUCCACUCACUAGUCGGAAGCAUCAGCUCCGUGUCCAUUGUGCUGAAGCCCUCGGUACGCCAAUUGUGGGCGACUUUAAGUACGGGUGGUUUGUGCACAAGAGAUGGAAACAAAUACCCCAAGUUGAUAUUGAGCCAACAUCUGGGCUACCAUACAAGUUGCGGAGGCCAGCAGGCUUGGAUGUGCAGAAGGGAAGUGUUCUGUCAAAAGUUCCUCUGUUACAUCUACACUGUAGAGAGCUCGUACUUCCGAAUAUUGCCAAGUUCCUUCUGUUAUUGGAUCAGAAACUGGACGACCAGCACCCUGCAGUUGUUUCGAAACCAGAUCUCCUCCGGUUUUGUGCCUCAAUGCCUUCCCACAUGAAAAUUAGUUGGAAUCUCAUGUCAUCCUACUUAGUUUAAAGAAGGGCAGUUCGCGUUGUAGAACCUGAUUUUCGAUACCGUAAACAUGAUUUUCGUAGGGUCUACUCUUAUUGUAUGUAAAUUUGUUGACUUAACAAAUUAUUUACAAAGAAUCGAAUUUUAUGAUUG